AUGGAGAUUUUAAUGGUUAGCACGACACUCAACAAUUUGAGUUGCCCUCCAGGGAAGUCAUUGACCAGGGAGAACGUCCAAGCCACUCAAUUUUCAAGUUGCGCACCCUGUAAAUAUAAACAUGAUAUCGGUUUUCUUGGAGUCAUAUCAGCACUAGCAGAAGAGCCCGUGCUGGCGCGGGACAACAUCCGUUCCAUUCC